AUGCUACUUGAUGACAUCAAGGCUGAAGGUAGCGAUCUGAAAGGCAAGUACUCACCAUCAUGGCAUAUUGGUUAUGUGUGCGCAGAGGAGAAGGUGUCAAAGGCCGAAAGAGAGGGGAAGCGACUUCCUGCCAGGCAUUUUAAACACCAGGUGAAUAAUCAGGCCCAUGGACACAACAGAAAAAUCAAACCCAUUGUCCGUCAUAAAUUCAAUCUGGUGAUCUGUGUGGACUUGAAUGGGCCAAGAAUGGGAACACAGGGUGUCGACCAGAGACAUGGAGAAAAGCAACAGCGAGAAUGCUUAGGAGCGUCCACACAGUCAAAUACUCCACAUUCACAACACGGUGUCAACAAUCAGCCAGAAGAAGAUUCAACAGGACCGUCCAAAAGACAUGGUGCAGAUAUGAUGCACAAUGGUAACAAUCGAGAGGAACUCACCAUGCUACUUGAUGACAUCAAGACCGAAGGUAACCAUCUAAAAAGCGCAGCAGAUAAAGUGUUGAAGGCGGCAAGAAAGGGGCAGAUGAAUUUGGGAGUGCAUGCUAUGAGAAGAAGGUCCGCCCAUGCCACGGUGGCCAUGGCAGAAAUUACCACAUUAGCACAGUCCGUUCAGGGGUGGUCCGCCCUUGCCACCAUUGCCACGGCGGAAUUUGGAAGAUCGAUCUUACUCUUUUCUGUGUUCCAAUGCAUCCGUCACAGAAGAUAUGACGCACAAUGGGUAUUAGCAGAGGGUUAUUUCUCUCAUGAAUGUCGGUCAUCGUCAAAUGUCAGGCUCAGGGUUGGUCCGCCCUUGCCACCGUUGCCACAGCAGAAUUUGGAAGAACAGUCCUCCCCCAUUGAUGUACCCAUGUGUAUAGGCGGUAUACAAAGUGGAUAUACCACUUGUGCGGUAGUGACAUUGUCGUCAUUCGCCGCUGGCCCUAUGUGGGUAUGA